GCGGCGGGCGCGGCGCCAGCGCGGGACCUGCGCCCCCCGCGCCCCGAGCCUGCCGCAGGCAGAGGGGCCGCCCAGCCCCGCGGGAGCGCGGCCGGCAUGAGCCAGGUGCCGAGGAAGCUGCCGGAGGAGGCAGAGGGGGACGAGGAGGAGGAAGAGGAGGAGGAGAUCGUGGGCUUGGCGGGCUACGCCGACGGGGCCGAGUCCUUCUCGGACGGCGACGCGGAGAGCGGCGGCGAUGAGGCGUUUUUGGAUUUCAAUGAUCCCUUCAGUACUGAAGUUAAGCCAAGAAUCCUGCUCAUGGGAUUGAGAAGAAGUGGAAAGUCUUCCAUUCAGAAAGUUGUCUUUCACAAAAUGUCGCCGAAUGAGACUCUCUUCUUGGAGAGCACAAACAAGAUCUGCAGAGAGGAUGUUUCCAACAGCUCCUUUGUCAACUUUCAGAUAUGGGAUUUUCCUGGGCAAAUUGACUUCUUUGACCCUACGUUUGAUUAUGAGAUGAUUUUCAGAGGCACUGGAGCACUGAUAUUUGUUAUUGAUUCUCAGGAUGAUUAUAUGGAAGCAUUAGCUCGGCUGCAUCUUACUGUGACCAGAGCCUAUAAAGUGAAUCCAGAUAUCAACUUUGAAAUCUUUAUCCAUAAAGUGGAUGGUUUAUCUGAUGAUCAUAAGAUUGAAACACAGAGGGAUAUUCACCAGAGGGCAAAUGAUGAUCUUGCAGAUGCAGGAUUGGAGAAGAUCCACCUCAGCUUUUAUCUGACAAGUAUAUAUGAUCAUUCUAUAUUUGAAGCAUUUAGCAAAGUGGUACAGAAACUGAUUCCACAGCUCCCAACACUGGAAAACCUGCUUAACAUCUUUAUUUCAAAUUCUGGGAUUGAAAAAGCAUUUUUAUUUGAUGUAGUCAGUAAGAUCUAUAUUGCAACAGACAGCACUCCAGUGGAUAUGCAAACUUACGAGCUCUGCUGUGAUAUGAUAGAUGUUGUCAUUGACAUUUCUUGUAUAUAUGGGCUUAAAGAUGAUGGCACUGGAACUCCUUAUGACAAAGAAUCAAUGGCAAUCAUAAAACUGAAUAAUACAACUGUCCUUUACUUAAAAGAGGUGACAAAAUUCCUCGCUCUUGUUUGUUUUGUCAGAGAAGAAAGCUUUGAGAGAAAAGGAUUAAUAGACUACAAUUUCCAUUGUUUUCGAAAAGCCAUACAAGAAGUAUUUGAAGUAAGAAUGAAAGUAGUAAGAUCUCGAAAACAUCAAAGCCACCUGCAAAAAAAUAAAAGACCCACUCCCAAUGGGACACCAAGGAUGCCACUGUAACUGAGGUUUUCUGGCAAUGUGGCAAAAAAAGUUUUCAUGAAGUUGAUGUGACUUCUGCAUCUCAUUGCACUGAGUGAAGAGGAAAACAAAUGGGACUGAUGUAUUAUAUUAAUUUUUCCUGAACGUUCAGAAAGCACUGUUUAAAUAUUUUUAUCCAAUCAGUUUUUUUCAUAUAGUGAGCACUUUGAGCAAAAUGUUGUAUAUAUAAACAUUGAGGUGAGCACUUGUAAGAAUUUUCUUAAUAUAUGCUGUAAACCUUUUUCAUGCCAUAUUAAGGAAAAACAGCUGUGACAGAAAUACUGGGUACAUAAUUUGCACUUUUUCAUGUUUUCCUUGUGGACUUGGACUUUGAUAAACUUAGUUUUUAUGGUGAUUUUGAUGCAUGGUGUCAGGUAAAAUGUAUGCUGUAGUUUAUUUACCUGCUACAAUCAAAUUGGUUAGUAAACGAUUAAGAAAACUUGGUACAAUGCCUUUUUAAAUUUGUGAAAACUAAUACCUAACAUUCAUACAGAUCUAAUUUCAUAUAUUUUUCAAUUUGUAAACUGAAGAAUAAUAUUGAAGUAUUACAGCAAUAAGCACCUUACCAGGGAUCGUAACUGGUAGGUAAAUUUUAGCUUUUAUAAAACAGGCUUUUGGCCAAAUUUCAUCCGGCAUUCUCCUUAACACUGGUCGUGCCCUCUCUUGGGUCUGGUUUUAUUAUUUACCUCAGCAUAUACCACUAAAAUACCUUUCUAUAAAGAUGAUUGUUUUGUAAAAUAGCUCUAUGUUGCACUGGUAUUUUUAUAAGGCUUCAGAGGAAUAUGUUGUAUCUGUACAGCUGAUUUACAUUGCUAAGUUUGUGUUGAGAACCUGCAUGUGUACAGUUGGCGCAAUGAAGAACCUGUAUGUAUUUCCACCCUGGUAUUCUGAUGUACUGAUAAGUCAUAAAGGUGUGAGCACUGGGUUCUGAUUCACUCUAUCAGGGGUACAUCUGUGAUUGAAAUCAAGACGAGACCAUUAAAAUGAGGACUGGACAAUCUACCUGCCAUAAUAAUCAGCAUACAUCACUACUUUUUAUUUUAAUAUUGAACAUGGGCAGACUUACCACAGGAUCAGCCAGGACAGCAGAAGACUCUCAAACCUAAAAAGAAGUAACACUUACUUUCCAUGUUCUGUAUUCAGUGUUUUUGUUUAAUUAGUGAUACGAAAUUACAAUUUCUAGAUGGGAGACACUAAUUUUUACCAAUUGCAUGUGGAGUCUAAUGGUUUUGUUGGCAGCUUUUGAGAGUGAGAAGAACUUGACCAGAAUGGGAGGCAGCUUGCUGUACACCAGAAACAGGUAAGGGGAAAUGCACCUUAUGCACAGCUAAUUUGCCCCUAGCCAAAACAGCUCUGGAGGCGGGCAAGAAGAUAGAACCAAUGACCCUGUCAGGAGUUGUGUAAUAAGUAAUGCAGUUCUAGGGGCUCAGGAAGGUAAGAAAUACUGAUAAUAGUAAAAAUCACUGCUCCUGGUGCUGGUGUGAAGAACAGUGACAGUAGCUGUAGUUUGGUACUGUCACCACUUAUCAUCUUAGUUGAGGGCAAUUAUUCUGACUAGCCCCUCAGUUAAAGUAAUGCAAAGCUGUUUUCAGAGUUCACCAAAGCAGUCAUGGGUAAGAGACACCUUUUGGCAGCUUUCCAGUCCACAUGACUUUCAUUGAAGGACUGCCAUAAUUUCUGGCCAUGUGUUUGUCUUUCAUUUUGUUGAGAUUCCCCCACUGGCUCACAAUCUCUGUUCUCCCUUCACCCCACCACCAGGUGUAGGUGACUAUGUGGGACUACGAACACCUACCAGGCUGGGCCAGAUUUGUUUUGUUUUGUUUUUAUGUGUGAAUUAUCUCAUCAUAGAGGCUAUGCUACGAGUCAUUACUAAAUGUAGCUUCCAUAUAUUUGGCCUGAGUUCUGUGUAGCCAUGCAUGCCCUUGUAUUACAGACCAUCAACUUGUUUAAGACAGUGAAGUUGCCUCUAGUAGUCCCAUCUAGAAUCUGGAACAGACUAUCUAGCAUAAUUUAGUGAAGGUGACUUCCAAUUUGAUAUUAUCAGAGUAAAUGUAAUUUUCAUCAGAUUACUUAUGUUUCAAAUAUAAAAUUGAACGAAUGUUAAAAAUUCAUUAGUUUUAGUGUUUAACUUUGGUAUUUUCAGGUUAGGUGAUAACUCAUUUCACUUUUGAGUAAUCAUUAUCUAACGUUCUAGCUGAAGUGAUUGAACGCUGGUUGAAGCAUGCAAGGUUAUUUUUGCAAAUAUAUUUAAAAACUUGCUUUUACUUUAAAAAAAUAUUUUAAAUUUUAUUGAGAUUCUAGUUUUUAUUUUAAAGAAAUUAAAUACCCUAUGUGCUACAAGAGCCACUUAAGGCAGUGUUGAUACACCUUUUCUAAAAUUAGAAACUGGAAGAAGUAAUUACUUUCCAAAUAGUCCAAUAUUUCUAAAGUACCUGAUCCAUGAGUAUCCAUUUUUUAUUUAUCAUUGAAGUUGACUAGAAAUGGUAGGGACCAUUAAUGAACAAGCCAUGUCUUUUUAAAACAUUGAUUUACAAUAAACCCAAACCAAUUUAGUAUCCUGUAGACAUUUUAAAGUCAGGAGAUAGAUAAAUAUAAAUUACUGGUUCCAAGAACUUGUUAUAAUUGAGGAAAUCCCUGUAAGUAAUUCAACAGGCAGCAGCUCAGAGUGUGUGAAGAGUUCUUUGAAAAGUUCAAAUGCACCUUUGAGCAUGCACUGGAAUGGAUAUUUAAAAUGUUACAAUGCUGGAAUAUGUUUCUAAAAUCUUGUGAUUACCAAUAUGCUGUGCAUUAGCAUGGAAGUGUAAUUGGCAGGAGCAAACUAGUCUGAUAAAGCAUAAUUCAAAUGCAUCAUUUGAGCUCUCAACCCUGAUAGAACAGGGUUUUUUCUCUAAAACAAAACUUCUGCGGUUUCUUGCAUGUGAAAUUGCACUCCUGAUGAUACUAAGGGAGCUCAUUCUGUGAAAGUACUGCAGCAAUUUUUAAAAGACAUGUUGACCUAUUAACUCCCUCCAUCUUUAUAUGCAUCAUCAGAUUAAGUGGAGGAAUUAAAGAAAAUAACCUGUAAUUGUA